CUCUCGUAAAAUUCAAUAUUAUGAACUCAAUUUUUUACUGAAGACUAUCCAAAGUCAGAUACAUAUUCAGUAAAAAUUUUACUAAGAUUGAGUGCUCUGGAAAAAAAAUAGAUUUUUGACCCGGGGGGGGCCCUUAAACAACACGAGAAUAUAAUUCCUUACUAUGAUAUAAAAUAACACAUCAACAUAUGUUAUGUUUUAAUUUUUUCUCUUGUAUCAUACACGUUUAUUUUUAUUGUUCGUAUUUUAUUCAUAUUUUAUUCAUCUUGUUAGACAACUGCCCUCGCAUUAUCGUCAUUCAGCAAUAAUAUGACUCAAUAUUUUCUGAUUAAUGGCAUGACCACUUCAACAUCAUCAAAAAUCAAAUAUGCUCAAUCAAACAAACCUUAUUUUGUUGAACAUGAGCGUAUAAAUCGUUUACUUCCUCAAUUACAAUCAACAAUGAAACAUAAACAACAACAGGAAGAACUAUCAACAUUACUCUACAAUAAAUUAUUUCAGCCGUUUUUGAAUGGAGAUACGAACUAUAAUUCUGAUCUUCAUGGCAAUCUUGAUCUUAUUGUAUCGUUUGGUAAUUUUUAUUUCCUACACUAUCGACAAGAAAAUCGUCCGCAGCAAUUAGAAACAAAUCUUGAACGAUUAACAAAUGAACUUUUUAUACCUUAUUUAACUGAUACAUAUCUACCAUCAACUAUUGCUCAACCGCUUAAUUUCAACAUCGGACUACAACAAAUAUUUUAUCAACCAAGUCAAAAAAUUGAACGUGAAUCGUAUGAUACAUCACCGACUGGAAUAAAACUGAAAUUAACUUGGAUUGAAUUGCCACUAAAAUCUCAAACAAAUAAUAUUUUUGUAUUUUGCAUAAAUCAACGUGAUCAACAUGAAAUUUUAAUUGAAUUUACAAAAGAUGGUUUCUUUACGAAAGCCAUACAACAACCAAAAAUAUGGUUCAAAUGUUUUGAAUUUAAACAACAAUCCGAUAACGAUUUUAAUUCAUUCUUAUAUGAAAUAAGAUCAAAUGGCAUCCCAAUGAACGAAAGUGAUUUAUUUGAAUUCCCAUUAAAUCAACAAUUUGACCCACAAAAUCCAACAUCAUUGCCUUUAUUUGACUAUAUUCAACCGAUAUUAUUGACUGGUGUUGUAAUCAACAAAUUUAAAUACGAGAAUCGUUAUGAUAUUCAAGUUAUCCAUCUCCAACGUAUCUUUUAUCUCGACGAUAGCACUUGCAGAAACAUGCAAUUAACAAAACUCUAUUUUCCACACUGUCAGCAAGCAAGAGUUGAAUUACAUGUAAAUAUGCAAGAAAUAUUAGCAAUUCCAAAUGAUCAUGACAGAAAACAUGAAAUUAAACGUUUAAGAGCUCUUAGUCAUGAAGUCUGUGAAUUGUUGACUUGUUCGACAGGCGAGCAAUGA